AGGUGUUGACAUUCCAGGUAGAUGAUCUAAUGGAGGCGAUUUGAAAGCAAGAUGGCGAAGUCGUUGAUCGCCUUGGGUUUUUCGAUUGUGGCGUUCACCUUUAUGGUAGCGUCCUUUGCCAGUCCGUAUUGGGUAGAAUCAUUUUCGAAGGCAGAUAGUAGAUUUGUAAAGGCGGGUCUCUGGGAAUUUUGCUUUAAUGAUUACACAUUUUGGAAAGACUACAAUGGAAAACGCUACAAAGGCUGUUGGUAUAUUUUCUCCGACCAGUAUCGAGUGAUUUGGGAAUGGCUAUCACCACCCUGGUUUAUAGUGUGUCAGGUCAUUGCCAGUGUCUGCAUCCUUUUCCAGUUUAUUGCCACCAUUAUUCUGAUUCUACUGGCCUUGAACUAUUUCCCAAUAUAUCUACAUGAAGUUAUAUUAAUGGGUGGCAGUUUUGUGUACUUUUUCGUUGUUGUCUUAAUUCUCAUCCAGGCCAUUAUAUUCGGAAUCAAGAAGGAGGAUCGACAGUGGGUACCCCGUCCGGAUCAGAAUUACCUCUCUUGGGCCUAUGGAUUUUUUAUCAUCUCGGCCUUCUUCACACUAUUCUCUGCCAUUGCCCUAGUUAUGGCUUCACGGGAAUUUAAGAAUAAGUUAAAACAGGAUUAUCCAGAUAGGCGAGAAUACUAACCAACAAGCAUUGAAAAACUUGACUUGUAAUCUCAACUAUGCAAGAAAAUAUUGAUAAGUUGGAGUGAUAGUUAUCCAUUUCAUUCUUGUAUAUAAUAUUUCAUUGCCAUUUUGAAGUGUGUGAAUUAAAUUGUAUGAAAGAAAUGAUUUUUUUUUAAACUUCCAUAUCUGUUGUAUACAUGACUAUAACAUAUCUCUAAAGCCCUUUUGUUAGGACUUGUACAAAUAUGAAUGUAGUAGACAGUGUAUAUGCCAAUUUUAAAGGGGGUGGGGAUUUGCUGUCUAUUUUGAAUAGUAAUGAAACACUUUGAAAAUUUUGUGCCAGCCAAAAUCCUUCAACUUGUGAUUUUUAAUAUAUAAUUUUGAUUGAAAAGAAAAAAAAGAGACAAAAAAUGUUACUGAUUUUUUUUUUACGUAAAGGAAAAGAGCCACAGUAUGUAUGAUAUUAGAAUGAUUGAUGAUAUCAUAACAUAGUUGUAAAUAACUUCAUCUUUUUGUAAUACCUUGUUUAAUAUGUAGAUAUUAUAUUCACAUUGUAUUUUCAGACUCAAAAUUGUUACAUUUUAGAUUUUUAGACACAGUGAUCAUGAUUUAUAUUUAUAUAUAUUAUUUUUAUAUUUAUCCCUUCAGUCAUGAAGUUCUCCUACACAUGGAAGACACAUGAUAUGCUAUUUUUAUAGAAUGGCAAUAAUUCCCAGUUUUUCAGACAUUGUAAUUUUAUUUUACAACAUUUUUUUUUUUGAAAAUGAAAUCUUAAUUACUUUUUAGAGUGAGUCAAGAUCCUAACAGAAAUGAUCAAUCUUUAUGUAUACUGAUAUUUCUCAAUUAACAACGUUCACUGAUAACAUUUUAAAUAAAUAGAUGAUAAAGAUAUCUAUAAUUUACACAGAAUUUAUUCAGAUGCCAUAUUUUUUAUCUUGCAUUUUAUAUUGAUGUAUUCCUCAGUAAAGAUAAUAAACAAUCUUCUGCUUUA